AUGACUUGCUGUGAAGGCUGGACAUCCUGCAAUGGAUUUAGCUUGAUGGUUCUAUUGCUGUUGGGAGUGGUUCUCAACAUAAUACCGCUAGCCAUUCACAAAUUUCAGAAUGAUGAGCAGUUUCCAAACCCCAUAUCAUGCUUUGAGUGGUGGUAUCCUGGAAUCAUAGGAGCAGGUGCCUUGGCCAUUCCAGCAACUGAUUCCCUGGCUGCAAGAAAAAGGGCGUGCUGCAACAACAGAUUAGGAAUGAUUCUGUCAUCUUUCUUGAGUGUGGUAACUAUUGCUGGUGCUCUGUACUGUAUUUUGGUGUCUAUACUGGCUCUUUCUGAAGGACCUCUCAUUUGCAACUAUGAUGGCAACAGCACAGUCAACUGUGAAUUUUCAAUGAAAAACUUAAGUAACAUUCAUGAUCAAUUGAAUCACCCAUUCAAACUGCAGUGGUUUUACAGUACCUGUGUGCCUGAUCUCUCCAACAAUUCUGGCCUCAAUUAUGGUACAACAAUUUCUCAGAAAACAAACACCGUUAGCUCUGAAGAAAACAAGCAUAAGAUUAUUCACCUUUCAGUAUUUAUUGGUUUACUUUUGGUUGGGAUUCUUGAGAUCUUAUUCAGUGUCAGUCAGAUAGUGAUUGGAUUGUUGGGAGGUCUCUGUGGAGUUUCUAAGCGGAGAAGUAGACAGACAUGGCGAUAACAUGGAAGCAAGGACAGUCUCUCUCUCUCAAGAGAUUUCCAUUUUAAAGUGGCAAUAUAAUCCUUCAGAUAUCAGUCAACCACAUGAAACUGAUGUAAAUGUCAUUUUUAAGUCAUAUUUUGUUUCAUUUUCAAAGCUUUCAAAAAAUGGUUUCUCUAUGUGGUCAUUGUUUAAAGACAAGAAAUGCAGUAUACUUAUUGAACAAAAUAAACUAGAAUUUUAGUUUUUAAAAUGUUCUGCCUGGAACCAGAAGAACAUUGUAUACAGUAACA